UUCGUUUUCAGUCACGAUCGUGUGCCGUUCGCUCGCCGCGCCAGCUUGCACACAUCGAGCAAACAGCCCGCCAGCCGAGACGGGUCGAGGUCCUGCGGUGUGGUUAAAUAAUACACGCGCCGAGAAGGAGCAAUUUCGAGCGCCAUCGAUUCUGAAUCAUUCGUCGUUGGCCGAAUCGAUACUACCGUGCGAAUGCAAAUUGGAUGACAUUAAUAAUAAACGCUGUAAUAGAAUCAAGCGAUUAUUUGCGGGGCGCUUAAUUGCCGAGGCAAGUUUAGCCGCCUAUAUACACUGUAAUUGGUGUUAAUUGGUUAUAAUCUAAAGCGAAAAGUUGGGACAGUUGCGCAAGGAUGCGUUUGCUGUCGGCGGAAAAUUUGUGACUCUAUUUGUGAGUGGUGUGCAUGUGUGAGGGUGGGCUUUUGUGUGGGUGAGUGGUGUGUAUGUGGGGGUGUGUGACGCUCUCGCCGAUUGGUUAUUAAUGACAUUUGCCGCAAAGCUGUGUGUAUGGAUUUUCAAACGGUGGUUGAAAAAACAAUUUGAUAAAUAAACGGGAGCGAGUUUAUUAUUGAAUAUCAAACAGCACACGACUACAGCGGUCGCUGAUUGUAAACUGGGACUUUAAUUACCUAGUCGCUUCAAUUAGUCGGCUUCAGCCUGCCUACUCGCGGACGACAUUCGCAUAUAUGGCUGUCACAGUGUAUCCCAACAUGGAGAUUACAUGCACCGCCAUAGGAGCCGGGGAUAGUGUGGUGGCCACCAACGGCAUCCUGGAUCACGACAUACAUGCAGCUAUCGUGCCGCUGAAUGGUAGCCAUUCGGGCUCAUCGGGGCGCAGUACGCCUAAUAACUCCUCGGACCCGGCCCCCGGCAAACUCUUUGUCGGUGGCCUGAGUUGGCAGACAUCGAGUGAGAAGCUGCGCGAGUACUUUGGCAUGUUUGGUACAGUUACGGACGUGCUUAUUAUGAAGGACCCGGUUACUCAGCGGAGCAGGGGAUUCGGUUUCAUAACAUUUGCGGAUCCCACCAGCGUUGACAAUGUUCUCAAAGUGCCCAUCCACACGCUCGAUGGCAAGAAGAUUGAUCCAAAGCAUGCGACACCCAAGAAUCGACCAAAGCAACCCAACAAGACGAAGAAGAUUUUCGUAGGUGGUGUAAGUCAGGAUACGUCUGCGGACGAGGUGCGCGCAUACUUUAAUCAAUUUGGCAAGGUUGAGGAAACGGUCAUGUUGAUGGAUCAACAGACGAAGCGGCAUCGCGGUUUCGGUUUUGUCACGUUUGAGAAUGAGGAUGUUGUUGACCGCGUAUGUGAAAUUCACUUCCACACUAUUAAGAAUAAGAAGGUGGAGUGCAAGAAGGCGCAACCUAAGGAGGCGGUGCAGGCAAAUGCCCAGUUGCUGGGCAAGAGGUUGAUGCUCAGCGGUUUGGGCAUGCGUAUGGCAGCUCCGAGUGCCGCUGCGGCGGCGGCAGGUGCGAUGGCGGCCGCAAAUCCUCUGGCUGUUGCACAGGCGCAGGCUCAAGUACAAGUGGCGGCUGCUGCUGCCGCUGCAGCACAAGCGCAGACCGCUGCAGUUGCUGGCUACGGUAAACUGUUAGGGGCAUAUCCACCUCUAGCUGCGUAUCGUUAUGCACCGUAUCCAAUGGCUGCGACAGCAGCGCCUACGGCACCGACGCCCACACAAGCACAGGCUGCUGCCGCUGCCCCUACGCUUGCCCAGCAAGUGACUAGUCCAUACCAGGGCUAUAACCUUACCAACGUAGACAUGUCCAGCUUCCAGGGCGUCGAUUGGGGAUCGAUGUAUGGCAUGGGCAUGUAUGUCUAGUCGCCCUCGUCGACUAUACUCACCCACCACACUUAACUUGGACUUCCACUUUCACAGACACGCGUCUUCUUGUGCCUACUUUUCGAAACGAACAUAAUGAUGGGAAACAAAUGCGCGCGCGCAAGAGAGCUGAAAACUUAACGAAAAGCAAUUUUAACUCUCAAUAUUUACCUUAGUAAUACGCGCGGCCAGAACAGCAGCCGCGCUGACCGACAAGCAAAUUACCUUCUAUGCUCACACGCUCUUUGUUAUAGCAUUUAGCAAUAAUGACUCGCAAUAAAGCAGUAUUAAUAAUAAACAUUAAAUUUAACUAGACGAUGAUGGGCACUUGCAUAGUGGCAUUUGUGUUGGGCUUGAUACAGGUGGCGGCAACCUAUUGCCGCCCUUUUCAAAAUUUUAUUCAUUUGCAUUUGGAGCUCCAUCUUUUUAGAAGUUAGAAGUUUUGCGAGUUUCUUUUGUGCUUUCGACCAGUUUCAAUCGCCGUGGCAUUAGUAACUUAUUUAUUUUGUUAGUGCUUAAGUCAGUUAUUUAUUAAGCCAAUUGAAAUUCAGUUUGCCGAGACGACAAUGAAAACAAACAAAUAUGGGCUGUGUGUUGUGUUUACUUAAUUUACUACUCGAAACCCGAUACCAAGUAAUGUUUGACGGUGUGUCGAUUGAGAGCCGAAAAGACAUUCUUUUGUUGUUCAUUUUUAAUUUUAAUUAAAAUAUGUACCAAUGACGCGCUGCGAAAUGCGUCUUGCAUCUCAAAACACGUAGAUCUCACUCGAUUUUAUUGAUAAGUUUGUUCUUUACGUUUAGUACUUAGUUUUGUAUCUCCUCACACAAGUGACUUGUGCCUAACGAUGAAAUGAGUUGUUCUGAAUCAAGUUCGUCGUCAUUGUGUUGGCAGGCGAUACCUAUCGACUCUGACAAUUAUUUAUAUAAUCAUCUCGUGCGCGAGACUCAUGCGAUAAGAACACAGUUUACCUUAUUAUUUAUUGGUAGUGCUUAGAUAUUGUUAAAUUAAUAUUAGGAAUUACGAUAAUAAUGUACAUCGGAUACAAAAUGGCGCAUGGCAAAGCAUAGCAUGUUUUCGCUCAGAAGAGUGUUGUGCAAGUAACGAAACUCGAUCAAUCGUUUAGAAAACAUUCCUGACUUAUUAAAAAUAUUAACUUGUAACCCAUUGUGGAGUUUUACACUUAACAUGAAUCUGCAGUAGUUGUGCGAUUUGCGGACCAAAACUUGAAGACGAUCGCCCUCGACGCGUUGCUCAAUUCGCGACAUCACAAUACUAAUUAAUACUAAUCGCCCACGAAACAAUUAAGUCACAGUCAAUAUUGCAAGAAUCGCGCUGAAUCAAUUAAUGGCGACUCAAUUAUGUCGGCGCGCUUGGGCGAUCGGUGCUUCGCAUUUUUGACUUGUGUCUAACGAGGAAUAAAGCAAACAAAGUGCGCCACUCUUGUGAUACAUAAUUAAGCUCGGCAGCAGGCGAUGUUUGAUGAUGACACUGAAGGGAUGAUGAACAAUUUUCAUUUCUACCUGCUCUCGUUUAAUUUUACCCAGUGCCAAAGCGACAGCCAAGUGACAAGCAACAGUUUUCACAAUAACGAAAAUAAAAAGGAAACUUUUUCAUCAAACACUAUUGUUUUGAGUGUCUACUGAAACUUUGCUUGCUGCCACACAAUAUUGUACAUAGUUUAUGUUCAUGUAUUCGUUUGUUCGCAUUGAAACUGUGACACAAGACGUUAGUUAUUUACUCAUUAGAAAUGAUAAGUUCUUGAUAUACAAAAUAAUGAAGUGAGCGAAACACGAGAUUUGAUAGUACGAAACAUCUUAUUUAUCAUCAAAUUUAUUAUUUGCGAGUAGGGAUUUUGUAGAGAAACCAGUGAGAAGUCGCAUACGAAAGCAAUAAUAUACUAAACAUUUGAAUUACGUUCCUGGCUUGGCGAAGACGUUGAGAAAACAGCAUGGCAGCGCGAUUGUAUGAUAUUAAUAUUAUAAAUUAGUAACUUCUUUAAAAUGAUGAUCCUAUAUUUUUGUAUUUUAUUGACGGCGAAGAGAAGGAUUCAUAUUUCUCAAGCUAUAUUUGGAUGGAACAAGUCUCGACGUUUGAAAAGUUGUUGUGAAGUUAGACAUAAAAAUAUGAACAUAAGGGUUGUGCUGUAAACUUACUCGAUAUACAUACAUACAUAUAAAAGUGAAUAAACUAAACAACAUAAAUUGAUAUUUAUUUCCGAAGAGGGAGCAGCGGGAACAGUGAAGAACGUGACGAGGCAAGAAAAACUUACAAUAAAGACAAUGUGAAAACACCCAAAGUUUUUGGCUUCUCACUAUUUAUAUAAAUACUAGAUUGUAUUGUGUACAACCAAUGAUGAUAAUUAAGAGGCAUAAACGAUAAUAAUUAAUAAACUUAAUUGAAAUAUGACUUUUAAAAAAGAAACAGGUAGGGAUGAUUCGGACUGUAGACAAAUUGAACUUGAUGACAUAUUGACAAAUGAAAUGUGUGCUGUGGAAAUUCCUUUUUUAAUUCUAACUUUAGGUUUUACUUAUUUACGUUCUCUUUAUUUCUUCCUAUUUUUCUCUCACGAGUUUUAGUUUAGAAAAACAUUACGUUUAAGACAAACCAACAGGGGAUGUAUGAAGACUUGUUUAGUUUAUAGUUUCCCAUGCGGCUCCCCCAGCGAGCCGCUUGCCGAAUUAUUUUAUGUUUUUGUACCACUUAGUUACUACUCGUAGUUUAAUUUAAUAAUUAACCGAUUAUGUUUGUGUAUUUUAUUUAGACAUCUAUGUGUGUGCGUAGUGCUGGGUCGAUGUGUGGAGCAAGAGAUCAAUGUUAGCUUCUGGUGGCUUCUUUUAGUUGUUAUGACCAUGACAUAGCGUUUAGUUACUAUUAGUAUUUAGUAUUUAUUUGUUUCUCGAUUAUUGACUGAAUUAGCAUAGUUUUCGAUGUUACUACUACUCCUUUACGUUUAUGAUAUACAUAUACAUACACGCUAUGUCCGAUAUGGCAAUCGACUUUUGAAUCCACCCGGAAACAGGUCGCCACCAUAAGGCUACCAAACUACGCACAUCACAUUUUGUUUUUCAAAAUCUGAGUAUUUCCUUUGUUUUUUUGGUGAAUGAAUGUUGUGAAUGUCUGUAACUUGUGAUCGAGUAUAAUAAUUCAUUAAUUACUUAGCGUUAUUGGUAGUAGUGUUAAGAGUUAUUUGUAAUUUACUAUAUAGUUACUUAAAAGCGUAGUUGAUAGUGACGAAUUAAGUAUUACUAUUUAGUAUCUUGUGUACGGUACUUGUACUUUAAUUGAGUAAUUACUUACUGCGACAAGUAAUAAUUAGAGUUAGUGUUUAGUGUUGUACAUUAUUAUUAUUAUUAUUAUUCGUAAUUAUACUAUAAAUAUUGAUAAUACAACCAAA